GCCAGCGCGCGCGUGCGGGUCUGUGUGUCUGCGCGCGUGUGUGUCCGUGGGUGGGAGAUGAAUUGGAAUCAUACGACUGGGUGUUUCCUUCCGAGUGGUUUUGAUCAGCCAUCCAUUAGGAGAUCAUGGAAACUUUUUUUUUUUUUCUGACUAAAAGGAUGAAAACUGAGUAAGUAUAGAGAACUUUGAACUUGAAACGGAAUGAAACAAAUACAAGCCAAACCCUGCGGAUGAUAACCAUGUCCAUUCAGACCGUGUAUUCCCUUUUUCUGUUAAAAGCCGUGAAGGCUUAGAGGAAAGUGGCAAUUUAAAACGGAAUGAAGGGAAACAGUUACGAAACAUGAAAGACUGAAGGCAGGACUGCUUUAAAACCGGAGGAAAAAUGAGGAACUGUUAAGGCGAGUUGGCCUGCGUCCAGCUGUGCAACAGGCACUUUGGUUUAAACCUAUUGCGUUCUCCAGGGCUGUUUUUAGCCUCCAGAUUUACUUUGGUGUUGUUUCUCUUUUCCUGUGAAGCUUUUACUGUGAGUUUAAGGAUGUUGUGAAAAAUAAGACAUUACCAGAAGCAACAGUUUGGCAGCCUGGGGUACGCUCAGAUUAUUAGUUACAACUAUUAUUAUUUUGAUUAUUAUUAUUUUUUUUUUUAAACCCAGGCCGGCCACUUUUUACUGUCCUCCAUGGAACGGCUCUUACUAGCCGCCUCAGACUUUGGGGAUCUAUGAUUCUUUGGCAGGACGUUUCGGAAAGUUUCUUAAGUGGAGAUGGAGCUGUCUUGAUGUGAUUUAAAGUUGUGGAAAAAGAAGACAGUUUGGUCUUUUUCAUGCUGACGAAAAAUAGCUGCUGUGACUUUUCCGGCAACGUGGACAGGGGCCAAGUGAAGCUAAACUGGUCAUGGUCUGUCGUCCAGUGUUUUGUCGUCGGCGGUUUUGCCCCCGGCCCUUCUUGGUGGGCCUGGUGGUGGCAAUCUGUCUGUCCUACCAGACUCUGACACUCCGGGGGACAAAGAAACUUGCAGCUGCUGGCCCCGGAGCUACCCCAAACACACCCACCAAAACCCAAGCAAGCAGAUGCACCGAAGGAUUCUUCCCGGACAAGCAGUGCUUCCUUCUCUCUGACAAUGGACAGGAAAUCGGAAAGAUCGAACAGUCAGUUGAGACCCACUUCAGCAGCCGUGGCAGAAGGGCUGUUCUCUACAGGCCUUCUUCCUCCAGCCAAAGGGAGCUUCAGCUCCACCAGAGCAUUCUCACUCAGCAUCAGUAUAUGGUUGUCAUCUCUGAAGAAAGCCUCGGCGCCGACCCUGGGCUCCUAGAAAAAGGUGAGUUGGACUCUUGGGAUCUGCUUAUUUGCCUGUCUUCUAGGACAGCUGGUGGAAAACCCUGCAUAUCCAAGGAAGACAUGUGCCAGUUAAAUUUACAUCAAAAGGUAAACAUAUUACCAGAAAUACAGCAUCAGCUUUGCAGAAAGGAAGGAUUAUGUCAGCUCAUUAAAAGAUUUCCAGAAUUGCGACUUCUGGUGAGCCCUUCUGUGUGUCUGGAUCAAAGUAUACAAUUAAAGCUGAGGACUUCAAGUCACCUUUUAAAAACACUGAAGUCGCAUAUGUGGAAACCAGGGGACUGGAGACGUGAACAGCUGAAUCAAACCACAGCCCUUGCUCCACAAGAAACACUCUUGAGAGCCAAAGAUUUAUCUGUAAUUCUUAAAGCAUAUGUACUGGUGACAUCCCUAACUCCUCUGCGUGCAUUCAUUCAUUCGACCGGCACAGUUUGGAAUCCACCAAAGAAAAAACGCUUCACUGUCAAGCUGCAAACAUUUUUUGAGACAUUCCUGAGAGCCAGUUCACCUCUUCAGGCUUUUGAUAACAUGAAGGAAGCCAUUAGCAAACUCCUACUAGCAGCUGAAGUAUUCAGUGAAACAUCUACUCUGGGACCAAAGAUCUUCCAUAGAUGCAGAUUGUGUUUUCAACUUUUAACCUUUGAUAUUGGUUACGGCAGUGUCAGGUCCCCUGUAGUACUUCAGGUGCAUGAGCAUUUAAAUUUUCAAGAUGAUGAUGAUAUGGAUUUUGAGGACCAAAACACAGAAGAAUUUCUUUUAAAGGAUACUUUCAACUUUGUCCUGUCUAAUGAAUCUUCCCUUUCCAUAUUUUCUGAGAUAUUUCAGAGACUUUAUAGAUCAGCAGUAGUUAAGGGUGAAAAUUAUCAAAAAGAACUAAAUCGGUGCCUGUCUUUAGAGGAGAUUAACUCAAUUAUGACUUUUAUAAAGGAACUCGGGAGUUUGGGACAAUUCCAACUGCUUUUCCCAUCUACUACUCCUGGAUUUCAAUCUCUGAUUCAUGAAUUUUAUGGUAUGGCAAGUCCUAUGGGAAAACCUGGUUCCAUCCUGACUCAAUACCAGUCUCUUUUAAGUGUAUUUGAACAAUUUCAGCUCCUGAAUAAAAAGGCAGAGCUACACUCGCUGGAAUGGAAUUCUUUCACAGAGGAUGGAAACAUUAAAAAGCCACGAGUACCAUUUGAUGCAACUGAAAAUAAAAAAGCUGUGGUUCCACAAAUUAUGAAUGAAACCAAAGAAAUACAUUGCCAUAAUGAUAAAGAUGCACAAUGUCAUAUCAAGCAGAUCUUCACACAUCCACGUUUGGAACUAAAUCCUGAGUUUAACCCGAAGAUCAAAGACUAUUACUCUGAAGUCCCAUUUGAUGUGGUUACAGUGACCAUUGGAGCAGACGCUUCUAAGUGUCAGUGCAAGGUGUACCUGCAGGAACGGGCAGGACCAAGCUUUGCCAACUACCCUCUGGGUUUAGGGAUGAACAAAAUCUCAGUGCUUGUGGUGGAUGAAUCUCCAACUCAGGGUGAGACCCUGACCACGUACAAACUUACCAUCUAUAGAGAAGACCGUCCAAGUCUGCCCUUGUUUGAGGACUUCACAGCGUGUGGAUUUGUGCAGGCAACUUUCAUCUCAGCUGCCAUCAGGGCUGUCUUUUCACCACUCUCUGGAAUUCUCUGGGCCAGAGGCUGCUACAUAUGCUCGGCUGAAAUAAAGCCGCCUUAAACCCCUGUCCUGGCUGUAGAUAUGGGUGGUUACAAGAUUCCACUCAUGGGUAUGAUUAUGUUACAGACGUGGGAUGACUUAUCAGUGUGUGAUUUUAUCUUACCAUUUCUAUUAUGAAAACACAGCCUAAGUCAGUUUAUGUCCUAGCUUUACUCUAUGGACCUUCAGUGUUCAGUACUCAUCUGUGAAGAUUCCCUGAAGCCAAUGUGAUAAUGUUAGGGAAAACACUGACUGAACACCAACCCUGGCCAGGCCAGAUAGUAGCCACUUGCAUGAGCUAUCUUACAACAGCGGGUCCUAUUAAGGAAUGCAGAAGAACCUCCCACCAACCGGAAGAGUUCGGGAAAGGUCCAAAGGAGAGAAAGGACAUCAGUCGGUGUGUCCUACCACCUCCCAGAAUCCUUCUAGCUGGAAUCUAUCUUGAUUAAGGGUUGCAUUCACCACCAGGAAGGACCCUGAGUCCAAAUGAUUGGCCAGAGACAACCCGGAAACUAACCGCAUCACCAAAAAACCUGGGACUCGAAGCCAGAGCUGUUCUCCUGGGUCCCGUUACCCUGCUGCUCUCCAUCCAG